AAAAGUGCACGCAGUUUGCACAGGACACAACAAUUACAGUUCACAGUCCAAUUUGGUAGUAUCGUAGCGAGCAGCGAAACAAUUACAAUAACGAUGUCUCGACUCACGAUUUUCUUUGUUAUCGCUGUGGCGUACGGAGUCGUUGCAGACGGUAAAGUAGCAGAUUCACGUGCCGAGCAGUCCGGCAUCAUCUCGCCUGUGAUUGCGCACGGUGGUCUCGGAUAUGGUGGCUACGCCGGUGGACUCGCAGGCGCUGGCCUGGCUGGCGCUGCACUCGCUGGAGGCGCAGGCUACAUCGGUGGCCCAGCAGUCGUCGCUGCCGGACCCGCCGUCAUCGCCGGUGGCCCAGCUCUUGGUUCCGGUGCAGCAUUGAACAACGCAGCUGCCGUUGGAGCCGCUCAACUGAGCGCCAUCCAGAACGCCCAGGCCGUCCAAGCUGCACAGAUCGCCAACUCGGCUGCCGCCGCCAUCCAAGGAGCGCGUGUCACUGAGGCGGCCGCCCGCGCUGGACAGGCUCACGCUAUCAACAACGCUGCCGCUUUAGAUGCUGCCCGUGUCGCUAACAUCCAGCGCGCUCAGGCCGCCGCCUGGGAGAACGCGAGAGCCGCGGAGGCUGCCAGACGUGCGGGAGCUGGAGCUGCACUGGAAGCAGCCCGAGCUGCAGAAGCCGCGCGCUUGGCCGACGCUGCGCGUGUGCAAGCCAUCGCCAUCGCCAACACCCGCGCUGUAGAGGCCGCUCGCAUUGCCAACGCCGCCCGUGCUCAAGCCGCCGCGGUCGCUACCAGCGCUGCGCAGGCGCAGGCUGUAGCCGACGCGGUCGCUAGGAACGCCCAGGAUGGUGCCUUGUUGCUGGGCGGUGGUGGCGCGCUCGUUGGCGGUGGUGCUGUCCUCGCCGCGCCCGCGGCUGUCGCUGUUGGUGGACUCGGUGGCCUCGGACUUGGACUCGGAGGUUACGGCGGUCUCGGCGGUCUCGGCUACGCGACCGGCUACGGCUACGGUGCAGGCUACGGUGCAGGUUACGGAGGUCUUGGCUACGGCGCUGGCAAGCUCGUCCACCACUAGAGAGCAGUGAAUCGACCCAGAGAUUAUACCCUAUUGUCAUAGACAAACAGAUAAUAUCUACAUCCAUUUCGCAUUCUUCCAUAGAAAUGGUUAGCGGCAGAUCUUAUGAGAUUUUGGACUGAUCAACGUCAUGUAAAUAUUUAAAAAAUUGGCAAUGAAGUCUGUCUUAUAAUUAAAUGUUAGCAUACACCGAC